CACAUACUUUCAGCUACGGCUGCCUCGCUGAUGUUCCGUGUUGCAUAAGCUCGGACAAACUGAUGGGAGGGAUUUGUCUGCUGGAAGAGGCAAGAUGACUGAUGGCUUCGGACUAUAAAGCCAACGGCUCACCGCGGUCUUUUGAUGCAGUAGAUAGUUGACAUUGCAGUGACGGACUUUUACAACAUUAUCAAAAUAAUCCUUUAUCACGGCUUCUUUCGAAACACCACGAUGAGAUAUCAAUCAUUUUUCGUCUCCUCUUUUUCAGUGCAGGCCGCACUGGCGGCGCUGAAUGAGCCCUGCUAUGGCUCCGGUGGUAGAGCCGGUGUUUGCGUAACUACAAGUUCCUGCUCCUCGAACGGAGGUACAACUAUCGACGGCGGUUGUCCCGCCGAUGCUUCCAACAUCAAGUGCUGCACCAAAGCUUCCUGCGGAAGUGGGGGCAAUUGUCGUUGGACAAGCGACUGUGCAGGAACAUCUGCUUCGAAUCAGUGUCCAGGUCCUAGUGGCUUCAAGUGCUGCUCUUCUACCGCCACCGGAUUCGGCGUCUACGACGAUCCAACCAUUCCAUCUGUCGGUGCCUGUAAACAGGUCGCUGUCAGCGGCGCGAAGAAGAUCGUCGCAGCGUUUUCUGGGAGGGUCAGGCAAAUCUACUGCACUCGCGACUGUACAUGCCCUGGCGACUCGGAUCAUUGCUGCGGCAAAGCGACAGAUAUGAUGUGCUCUGAUGCUGGUGGUGUCCCCACUAUCUCAGGCAAGGAGAUUGCCGAGUGGGUUAUGAACAACCGAGCAACGCUCGACCUUAAGUACGUUAUUUGGGGCCAGAAGAUCUGGAAUCCUUCUCAGGACUCGGUCAAGUCUUGGUCUGGCUGGCGAAGUAUGGAUGAUCGCGGAGACUUUACUGCGAAUCACUGGGACCAUGUUCAUGUGAGCUAUAACUAAGGACGGAAUAAGCUCGUCGGAAUGUGGGAAUCAAGGGCGCAAUGGAACAGGACAGGGUCUGGCCAGGCUUCGAGGAGUCAUUGGAUGGAAGAAUUUGCAGGGAGAAUCCGUACCUUAUAUGCCCUCGCCGAAGCACGAAUAUAGACAGUUUCGCGACCGUCACGCGUGUGCUGAGGUGGGCUACUGUGCAGCUGGACCGGCUUCUGUACCCGAAAUUAGACAUGAACCCUGCUCUGUCCUCGAAGCUGUCCUCGUAAACAUUGAAUCUGAAUCCGAAGGG